UCUGGUUGCUAAAAACAAAUAAGUACGCGACUUGAAGGGCUAGUUUAUGCAACGUUUCAGCUAUUUUCGUCCCUGUCGAACUUUCUUGAAACCCGUCAUCUCCGCCAUUUUCUCGACCGAGUCAGUGCUUGUCCCACUUCCUGAUUUCUGCAUUGGGGCGAAAAGUGAGCCUGUCUCUUCAGAAGCAGCCCUUCCCUGUGAGGGUACUGUUGAGUUGUCACCGGGACUGAGCUCAUUGGAAGACGGACCAACUCUUUUGCUGUAUGCUGGGGGAGCUGUAAGGCGAGAUUGACAGAGGAAAAGUGGAGUUUCAAGGUAGCAAACGAGACCGGGUCCACGGGAAAUAUGGCCUGCCAUCUUGAUCCGACUUGGUACUUCGGACGUCUGAGCCGAAGUGAAGCCGACAGCUUCCUCCACAACACAAAAGCUGGCACGUACCUUGUCCGAGACAGCGGCACCAGCAUCGGGGAUUACGUGCUCUGUGUCAGCGAGAACUGCAAGGUGUCCCACUACAUCAUUCAAUCACCUCAGCACACAGUAGUCAACAAGUAUGUCAUCGGCGACCAGUCGUUCUCCAGCCUGCCCGAGGUGCUGGAGUUCUACAAGCUGCACUUCCUAGACACAACCACUCUCACCGAACCUUGCCAGAGGCAUCCGACCCAGCGAGAUGUGCCCGACCUGCUGGGGGCACCGGUCGCCCAAAACGCGUGCGGACCCGCCCACAAUUCACAGAUCCCUCCUCCCCUACCGCCGAUGAACAAGUCUGCCGGCUUGGGCCUGGUCUGCAAGGCGCAGUACAAUUUCACACAAACGGAUGAUGAAGACCUGUCAUUUUGCAAAGGCGACAUCCUCACCAUAAUCCGCAAGGACGAGGACCAGUGGUGGCUGGCCAGAAAUAACUCGGGACGUGAAGGUCUGGUGCCGGCCAACUACAUCAAGCCGGUGAAUGAACUUGAAAACAGAGGAGCGGGCGACGGGCGGCAGUCGACAGGCGAGGACUCGAAAACGACCACCAACAACGACCAGUAUCGGCAGCUGAGCUUGAUUAAUCCCAACACCGUGCAGUACGCCAUCGUAGAGCAGGGCAGGAUCCCGUCUGCGUACGAUCCCACACAACUCAAACUAGAGGUUGGCAGUAUCAUCAAAGUGCUGGAGAGGAACGUCAGCGGCAACUGGAAGGGCGAGGUGAACGGCAAACAGGGCUUCUUCCCUUUCACCAGGGUCCGGUUACUAGACCAAAGCUCCUACGAGGAACUCAUGGAGAAGCGAAGGAAAGCCGCCGGUGCCAAUGCCAACGCCAGUGCGUAAUGGCGGGAUAAAACCCUGCAAGAAAUAUACGUAUCGGCCACGGAGAAGAAAGACUCGGUGUUGGACACUACCACCCGGUUUUAAGACUUGCUGGAAACUGUACCGUACGUAGCUACGUCUGACCACUGUGGAUGUGUAUAAAAUUUAUGUGCAUAGACUGGCAUGCCGGUGCUCCACAGAAAAGAAGUGGUUUAGUGGUGUCUUCGCAUUCCCCCCCCCCAAAAAAAAAUCCUGCAAUAGAUGAGAAGAUUUAGUACUGUGCAUGAGAGGAACCAGAUGCUGAGGAUGCAGUUUGAGGGUAUGUGAAGAUGUCUACUUGAGGACGCUUCGGCUCUGAGAGGGUGACCCAAGGGGCUGCGGGGGAAAACACGGCUGGAUUGUACGUACGCUGUCCGGAUUUCUGAUCGUCGCGACCAUUUAUUUCGGACGGCCCGACUUGCCAACCGAGCGCCACCCACCGGCGAGGAGUCCCGAUUUGCCUUGUGCGCAUCUGGCGAAAAACAACGAAAGGCGAGUAGGAGAAAGAGCUCAAUUUGUAGUGAAAAAGUCGGCCAACCCUUACCUCUUUUUGGUUUGGGUCCGGUUGUAAGUACAAUGUAGAUUUUCAAUCACUGCGUUUGGACAGGUACACUUGUGAGUCAAGAGUAGGGCCGAAGCGAGAGUUGUAUGCUACUGCCGCUCAUCAGCAGUUCCUUUCUAAUCCUGAUCCUCGUCCUCGUGAGAAAGGUCUUGAAACAUGGCUCUGGGCACCAAAUUAUGCAAACUAUUUAAAGUGUGUCCGCCUUGUGUAAAAGCACCCCCUGGCGGGAGACCGGGAGAGCUCAUAUUGCUGGUAGGGACAUGACCGUAGUUGUUUGUAAACUAGCGAGGUGUGUUCCCACAAAAGGAGCUUCCAUUGCUGGAAAAAUUGCGCCCUCUCUUGGUCCUGCUCGGGCCUCAUUUAUCCAGUUCCCUCUUGCUUUGGGCAUGGAAUGAAAGUAGUGGGGCAGUGAUGUCACGACUACUGCAGAAAGGUCGAUCAUGAGCCCCGACCCCUUCCAAAAAUUCCUCAAAAUUCACCCGGAGAUUUUUGUAGGAUCGGGAAGGCGGAUUCAGAGGUAAGCCGAGUGGUCCUGCACCCGGGCCUUGCUGACCUUUGAAGCUUGCAGUAGCGGUACAAAGAACCUGCCCGUUGGUUUCCUGCGCAGUAGGGGAGGAUUUUGUGGAGGAUUCAGGAAGGUCCCUAGGACCAAGAAUAAAAUGCACAGUUCAUUUAGCUUUGCGACAAUUAAUGCUGGAAGUAGUAUUUUCUCUUCUUUUUAUUUUUCCCCUUGACAAAACCAGCAAGAGGGUCAUUCUACAUAUUUGGGGUCCAAAGUAUGACAUAUUUCCGUCCCUGUUACCUCUGACGUGUAUACCAUCCGACAUGUUUGACAAGGGAUGGAUCACUGAUAUUGACUUUAAACUGUUUUUUGUUUGUUUGGCAGGUAAUUUGCAGUACUUAUUCAGUCUUGGAAAUUAAACAAUGAGUUCUAAACCAGAAAACAUAUGCAGAUGUAACAGGGACGGGAAAAAAAUGGGACCCCAAAUUUAUAGAAUGACCCGAGGGGGGUUUUCGGAAGGCCUGUAAAAUCAGUAACUUUUGCGUAAAAUGGAGAGAGUGGCUCGCGCCAAAGAAAUAGAAUAAAAACAAAGA